ACGUCCGCGGUGAGUUGUACUACUUCUACUGCCGCCGCGCACCAGCUUGUGUAGGUGUCAUGUCGACCCACCGGAGGCAAGUGUUUAUUGAUAAAGUGAGGAAGAGACUUUUCCCCAGUGUUCCAAGUAGCCCAGAAAAGGAGACACCUCAGAGUCUGGCCUUGGAAACUCCACCCAAGAAUAUUACCUCUGAGACAGUACAACAAAAGGAUGAUGUAGAUGCUCUUCAUCAUUUGACAGAUGGAGACAUUAAGAUCAAGCCUAAAUGCCAGCUCUAUACUGUGAGUUUGCCUCCUGAGGGAUAUGUUUCCUGUUUGCCAGAGCCCAACAACUGUACAAAUUCUGAGGACGCCUCCAGUGGUGAUGAUGCAGAAGAUCUGAAUCUUCCUGAUCAACAAAAGAGGAGAAGAAGUAGAAAGCACAAAUCAAAGAAAAAACUUAAAAAUCCCAAUGAUGUUAUUAUAGAGCAAGAAGAAUCAAAGAAACAGCAGAAUCUUUUACAAGGCAAAGAUACAUCUGGUCCCACAGUGAGCAAAAAUAAAAAAAAGAAGCUAAAAAAGAAGCAACAACUUAGGCGGAAGAAAGCAGCUGGCUUAGUCACAAAGGCCUCUGGUGUUAGCUUCACAUACCAACCUGAGGAAGGCAGCAGUGAGCAGGAAGAUGUGGAGCAUGCUGCAAAAGAAGGGGCUCAAGACCCUCUGGAAGUGGGCCCUGGAGACCCCAGUGAGGGGGGCACAGUCCCAGACAUCAUCCAGAAAGACAAUGAGCUUGCUGACAGCAAAGUAGAUGGCAACCUAAAUUUUCUGAAGGCAACACAAGAAAUUGAUCAUGAUGGUAUUUCCAAAGACUCAGAUUCAUCUGUAUAUAUAGAGACUGCUGAAGCAUUGCUCUGCUCCCUCGAGUCUCGCAGGAUGCCUCCCUCAGAUAUAUUAACUUUAGAUCACAGGAAAGCCCAGCUAUAUCUAAAAGACAUGGAGAGACUAAAGAAUAUUCUGGAGAGGUUCCAGGAAUGCUUCACCCUGUCUCCUGACCAUGCCAGAGUAUUCUCAGAUUUCUUUAAUUACUGGGCUACACAUAUUCUUCCUCUGAAAAGCAGUAUAAUUACUUGAGAAAAGCUAAUGUGUAAUAAGAAGACAUAAAAGGCAAAUAUGACAUGGACUGAGAGUUCUUUUUUUAUACAAAUAUGUAUUUUCUUUGUAACUCAAAUCCUUGGAGUUUUGAAGGCAUUUCUGUCAUGUUAUUUAUUCCUAUAUUUGCAUAAAUUGAGUAAGAUGUCAUCUAAGAGUUUAAGUGAGAAACAAGUAAAAUUGAAAAUUUUCACUUACUUAUAGAUACAUGUCUUGAAUUACUACAUAAAGCUUUGUU